AUGGAGGCUCGAUUGCGUACAGAUGGAAGAGAGGAGGGAGAAAGUGAUGCAGGAGAGUCAGAGAUGACCGAUAGUAGAGUGAGAAGGGAGGAGGUGGAUGGCAGAGGAGAGCGUACAAGACGUGAUAGGAGAGCAAGGGAAGUGGAGGAAAAGAUUGAGGGAUGCGGGUGGAAGCGUGGAGGGAGGGGAGGAUGCAAGGAGACAGAGGAGGAGGAAAAGGCAGUGGCUGUGAUUGCUGGAGUGUUGAGAGAAAAAUUCGGGCCUCAGAUUGUGAGAGAGGAGGAGGAGGAGGAGGGGUUUGCAAACGGAAGGAUUACGGUUAAGGAGGACGCUAAGGGACGACACGAAGAGGACGAGGUGGGGUAUGGGGAUGAGGAAUCAGAGGGCUCAGAAGCUGAGGCCGAAGAGGAUGAGGAAGGGAACGAGGGGGGAGACGCGGAAGCAGAACCAGAAUUGGAAGCAGAAGCAGAAGCGAGUGAGGAGGACGCACCACCCACCACAUCUCCUCCCACACGCCCUCCUCCACUCAACAGCCCGCGGGUCGUAUCUCCCUCCUCCCUCCUCUCCCUCUACCGCUUCUUCUCCUCCCACCUCGGCAUCUCCUCCCCUUCCACUGUCGCUUCCCUCCUCGCCUCCCACCCUGCCCUCCUGCGUUCCGAUCCUGCCAGUGACCUUCUGCCACGUGUCCGAUUAUUGCAGUCAUACGGCAUUUCUCAAGCCUCCAUUGUCCACGUCACCAUCAGGAAUGCGUCUUGGCUCCGAAGCUCCCUUCCUCAAAUUCAGGGGACGAUUGAGUUUAUUCUGGCUCGGGGCGUGCGCCGAAGCAAGCUAGGCAUGGUGAUCCGGGGUUCGUCGUACCUCAUCCGCUCGCAGGCUCGUUCAACGAACCUGGACAUUCUGGUGGAGGCAGCAGGGAUUCCCGAGGAGAAGCUGGCUAAGCUCCAGUUCUUUGUGGAGCUGGUGGGGAAGAAAGCAGCAGGGAGGGUGGUGCGGAGCCAUCCGCUGGUUCUGACUCUUUCCAAGGAGAAUCUGCAGGGAAAAGUGGCGGUUCUGAGUGGUUUAAUUGGGCCGGACAAUUCUGCACUUGCAGUGGCGCGAUUCCCACUGCUGCUGACUUCUGGGGAAGAGACCAUGAAGCAGAAUUAUGGAGAGCUGUUGAGGGAGUUUCAGGAGGCGUUGGAAAGGGGAGGAGGGGACGAGGGUGGGAUUGAGAGACAGGAGGCACGUGGGAUUGGUGAAGGGAAGGACGGGAAUGGAGACUGGGAUGGGAACAUGAGGCACAAGGUGGAGUACUUAAAGCGGGAAAUGGGUCUCUCUAUAAUGGAGGUGCUCGCCUUCCCUCCGUUCCUGGGGUUUAACCUGCAUCGGCGAAUCAAGAUGCGGCAUGCGGCGCUGCUGCGAUUGGGCUAUGAGGUUGUACCACAUAAGGUGGUGGCUCUUCGAAAACUGGGUAGCAAUCGGAAAGGGGUUACGAAUGGAAGUGAGGUGAGCGGAAGGCGGGAGGAGCAUGUGGACCGGGAGGGGAGGGAGGGUCGGGCAGAUGUGGGGAAUGGGGAGGACGAGUGGCAAGAGGAGGAGGGUGAGGUGGAGAGUAGUGAGCUUCUGGUAAGACCGCAUGAAGGUAACGACGAGCCUAGAGGAAGAGGCGGGUUAGAGAGCGCACAAAAACAGCAGGCUAAGAAGCCGGUGUGCUUGUCUCAGUUCCUUAGUUGUAGUGAUAAGCGUUUUGAGGAUAAGUUCCUGAUUGAACUAUAG